GGCGGUGUCGACGCGGUAUUUAAGGACCACCCGCCAAAGGGUCGGCCGGGCAGGACCGCGCGUGGCAAUUCGCUCCGGCCUCAGCCAUUGGCCCGAGUCUGGGUUCGGGGAAAGGACCCGCCCCGGAGACGCUGCCGCCACCGAAGCUUUUCGCCGAACGCGUCGACGGUGUGUAAUCAACCCUCGGCCCGCCACCGCGCUGCACUUGCACUGCACCGGAGUAUGUUACGCGCGCGCGACGAAGACGACGGCCGCAGACGACCGACGGAAGUCUUAAAACAAAAGUCGCCGACUAUAGUACGCGCACGACGCUGAAUAUUUAUAGUAAAAUGACGUUAGCGAAAAUGGACCAGAGGUUCCAGUUGAUCAGUCACCACAGGGAUGACAAACAGACCGAACCACCAAGAGCGCUCAAUCCGGUGAUCAAUAAUUCUAAACCGAACAAAGUUCUGUUUUGUCUGUCCAACCAGGUGGGCACGGUGAUCCUGUACGGGGUGCCGAUCGUCUCGCUGCAGAUGGACAACCAGGAGCGGCUGUGCCUGGCCCAGAUCAGCAACACGCUGCUGCACCGGUUCAGCUACAACGAGAUCCACAACCGACGCGUAGCGCUGGGCAUCACGUGUGUGCAGUGCACGCCGGUGCAGCUGGAGAUGCUGCGCCGGGCGGGCGCCAUGCCGGUGUCGUCGCGCCGGUGCGGCAUGAUCACCAGGCGCGAGGCAGAGCGGCUGUGCAACUCGUUCCUGGGCGACAACACGCCGCCCCGCCUGCCCGACGAUUUUGCGUUCGCGGUGCACCACGAGUGCGCGUGGGGCUGCCGCGGCUCGUUCCUGCCGUCCCGGUACAACUCGUCGCGGGCCAAGUGCAUCCGUUGCGCCGUGUGCGGUCUGUUCUUCUCGCCCAACAAGUUCAUAUUCCACUCGCACCGCACCGGCGCCGGGGCCCGGUACGUGCAACCGGACGCUGCCAACUUCAACUCGUGGCGCCGGCACAUGAAGCUCAGCGACGACCCGCCCGACCACGUGGUGCACGCGUGGGAAGACGUCAAGGCCAUGUUCAACGGUGGCACACGCAAACGGGCCGUGUCCAGGCCGUCGCCGCCGUCACUCAUGCAGCAACAGCACCAACAGCAACAGCCGUCGUCUCAACCGUUGCUGCCACCGCCGUCGCACUCGCGACAGCAGUCGUCGGCUUCGUCGUCGCCGCCGUCGUCGUCUUCGUCGGCCGCAGCCGCCGCGGUAAUCGUGCAAAUGCCUCAGCCCGUGCUCCAGUCGGCGGGUCACCUGCACCACCAUCAGCACCACCAACACCACCAACACCGGUCUCCGGAACUGCAGCAAAAGAAAUCGGCGCCGGUUCCGCCGGUACAGGUGCCGUCCAUGCCGCUACACCAGGCCAUGGUCGAUUACGUGUGGCAACAGCGGGCCAACCCGUUUGCCGUGGCGGCGGCCGCUGCGGCUGCGUAUUCCGCGGGCGGCGGCCUACCCUGUUGGCUGCCCAAACUCGAGCUGGACCCGCACCAUCACAACGCCCUGGUCAACCGGAGCGCCGUCGCGGCCGAUUAUUCUUCCGCGUUCAGACCCGUGUACCCGGUUACCGUGGCCGCGGCCGCUGCUGCCGCGGCCGCAGCCGCCGCCGCUUCGGCCAAGUCGGGUGACGGCGAUGAUGACGACGGCGACGAUGACGAAGCCGGCGGCGGUUGUUGCGUGGACGACAUGGACGACAUGGACGACGAUGACAACGACGACGACGACGAAAUAGACAUCGAAACGUGUCCCGAUGAAAGGAACACGUAGGACCGACACACGGCUGUUUAUUGAUUUUUUGAUUUAUUUUUUUUAUGAGUAUUCAUUAUAGUUAUAUACAGUGUGUUUAUUAUGCGAUAUAAUUAAUUAUUGACGAGUGCAGGUCUCAUCCAGUGGUGUCUAAUUAUUAUAGUAUGCAAAUUGUAAGUGAGUGAAUUUCAAAACCUAAAACCGGUUUUCGUUUUUUACCUCGCAAUUCAUAUGUAUUAUUACCAGAUAGGGUAUCUUACAAAAAAAGUUAAUCGUUAUAAUUUGGGCAAAACCGGGGGGACUGUGCACACCGUGCAAAAGGUAAGGUUGACCAUAAUAUAUGGUCACGUCGUGAUAUCGAUAUAUACUUGGGGGUGCAAAAACCUUGGUGGGCCGUAGGUUGGAUACCCCUGACGUAGAUUAUUUACCGGCCCAAAGUACCUAUUCUAUUAAUAUAUAGGUAGGACGUCUAUCAUUGUUUAUUUUUUAACGAAAGUUUAUACGAACACGUAUAUUAUGUUGUAUGCACUAUAGAAAGUGACUUGUCUCUUCUUGGACGCCAUAAUAUGUCAACGUUUAUGUUUUUCAUCGUAGAAGGUACCGGAUGAAGCCUAUGAUAAUAUUACAUAAUUUAAUGAAUUUAUAUCUUAUUUGUACAUCGUUCAUACUUCACCUUCUACAAAUUACAUAUACAUGAUAAUAUGUAAUAAGUCGCGACGCACUUAACCACUACUGUUUUGUCAAAAUUACAGGAGCUCUGCUGAAUAGAUAUUUGUAUAAAUUAUUAUUUGUAUGAUAACAAUACGUGUUGUAUAUUAUAUACGUCAUACUACAGUGGAAUUUAGUUAACUUGAACUUCUUUAACUCGAAAUCGUCGAUAUCUCGAACUUUUCCCCCCGGUCCCUAGAAUUUUGCAGUAUUAUAUCCUCAGAUAAUUACUCGAGUUCUUGAAUAACUCGAACUUUCUGGACGGUCUCUUCAACUUCGAGUUAACCACGUUCGACUGUAUUAUUAUGUUAUGUAAACUUCGUAUACAAUAUUAUUAAACCGCCGCUUUGGUGGCCGUCGACGGUAUAUACGCUGUAGACUGUAGAGUACCUAAUAAUAUUAUUGAACUUUUUAAUCGGCACAUUACAAUAUUAUAUAUUAUAUCAUAUUAUUGUCUAUUGUUUAUGUAAACAUUUCGAUGUCUAUUUGUUAAACUUGAGUGAUUGUUAAAACGUACGUUUGAUUCCCCUCCCCCUUUUUA